AUGCAGGGAAGUCACGGAGGGCCUGGCUUCACGGAGCGUGAGGAUGAGGAAGUGAGUGUUCCCGGCCAACGGGAGGGCGGAGAGUUCGCCAAGAGACCAGCAAGAAGGCUGCGGAGGCAGGGGGAGGGUGAGUCCGAGGGCCAAAGGUGGAAGGAGCGCCUCGCACCCCGAAUGAUGAAGUCCCCAACGCCCUUCAGUCCGGCUUCCGAUUUCAGCCCCGGACACUGCUCCGUCCUGAACUCGGCAGGACACUUCACGGGGAAGAAGCACGAAAGCCACGCCGGUCCCUCCCACUGUCCCCUCGAGGACCACGGGGCGAAGCGGCCGGAGAAACAGGGUUCCUGCAGCCCGGACGAUUCAUCCGGACGCGUGAAGGAACAACCCCGUUCCCCGCGCCGCACCCCAGGGACCCGGGACCAGCCGCGGCUCGCGGCGCUGCCCCCGCCCCCGGGAAGGAGAAGACCCCCGGGGGAACGCACGCCGCUGCGGGAGGCCGUGCCCCGACCAGCUCAAGGCCGCUCGGCCCGCACAGACCCCUCGGCGUCCACCCGGCCCCGCCGCCACAGCCGGCGCUCCGCGAAGCCCCCUCCCCCGCCGGCCCCCGCCCUGCGGGCCGCCCCCCCACCCCCACCCCGCGGCCCGGAGGGAGGGUCGCCGCCAUUUCCGGCCGCCGGCGCGCCGCCCCGCGGGGCCCCCACCGCGCGGCGCCCCCGGCCCUCACCCCGCGCCCCCCGCAGACCCGCGCGGCCCGCGCUGCCCGGCCCGGCCUGA